UCUGCCACACACCGGAUGAGGACCCUUCCCUUCCUCUCGGCCGGGCUGGUGUGUCUUCCGGCUUGCUGAGGAAAGUUGAGGGAGGUGCAGCGGUACCAAGGUUUUACAAAAUGGACAGCCAGGGAAGGAAAGUAGUGGUCUGUGACAAUGGAACCGGGUUUGUCAAGUGUGGCUAUGCAGGCUCUAACUUUCCCGAGCACAUCUUCCCUGCACUUGUUGGAAGGCCCAUCAUUCGCUCAACAGCCAAAGUGGGAAAUAUUGAGAUCAAGGACCUGAUGGUGGGGGACGAGGCCAGCGAGCUGCGCUCCAUGCUGGAGGUCAACUACCCCAUGGAGAACGGCAUUGUCAGGAAUUGGGACGACAUGAAGCACUUGUGGGACUACACCUUUGGCCCCGAGAAGCUCAACAUCGACUCCCGCAACUGCAAGAUUCUGCUGACCGAGCCGCCCAUGAACCCCACCAAGAACCGCGAGAAAAUCAUUGAGGUGAUGUUUGAGACCUACCAGUUUGCAGGAGUCUACAUUGCUAUUCAAGCCGUGCUGACUUUGUAUGCUCAAGGCCUUCUCACCGGUGUGGUGGUGGACUCGGGUGACGGUGUAACACACAUCUGUCCGGUGUACGAGGGCUUCAGUCUGCCCCACCUGACACGGCGCCUGGACAUCGCAGGCAGGGACAUCACCCGCUACCUCAUCAAGUUGUUGUUGUUGAGGGGCUACGCCUUCAACCACUCCGCAGACUUUGAGACUGUUCGCAUGAUGAAGGAGAAGUUGUGCUACGUUGGCUACAACAUUGAGCAGGAGCAGAAGCUGGCACUGGAGACCACUGUGCUGGUGGAGUCAUACACGCUGCCUGAUGGCCGGGUGAUCAAGGUAGGAGGGGAACGGUUCGAGGCCCCUGAAGCUCUGUUCCAGCCCCACCUCAUCAAUGUGGAGGGAGUCGGAGUGGCCGAGCUGCUCUUCAACACCAUCCAGGCAGCCGAUAUAGACACCAGAGCGGAGUUCUACAAACACAUUGUGUUAUCAGGAGGCUCCACCAUGUACCCCGGCCUGCCCUCUCGGCUGGAGAGGGAACUCAAGCAGCUGUACCUGGAGCGUGUGCUUAAGGGGGAUGUGGACAAGCUCUCGAAAUUUAAGAUUCGCAUCGAGGACCCUCCCAGGCGCAAGCACAUGGUGUUCCUUGGUGGAGCCGUGCUUGCUGACAUCAUGAAGGACAAGGACAACUUCUGGCUCACCCGGGAGGAGUACCAGGAGAAGGGAGUCCGCGUGCUGGAGAAACUAGGGGUCACCGUCAGAUAAAGCACUGGACGGACAGACUCCACACACACACACACACAUACACACACACACACACACACACACACACCCACCCACACUCACACAUACACACACUCUACCCCGCCCCCUUCGCAGAGUAUAUAUCUAUUUAUCCAUCUUCCUCUCUUUUUCGGCUCUUGAUACUCCCCAAACAUCAGAGGGAAUCUUGCCGUUGCCUCCCUUCUCUUCUCUCUCUCCACUUUUCCUCUCCUUCUCUGCUCUCUCCUGGUUUGGGAUUGGCUGACACUUUCCAAACAAGCUCCGAGAAGCAAUCCCCUCUGUGCAGAUUAUAUUCCAAGCCCCUACCGUUCUUGUGCUUGGAGUAGAAGGGUGAUGUUGCCCUGCUCACUUAUUGAGGUCUGAUUUUCACUUGUCUGCUAAUGGUUAAGGAUUAAAACCAGGGUGGGAAAUUGACAUAGCUGGAAAUUGGUUCUAGGUGCCACUUAGACAAGCAACUAACACGUGUUUGGAGGUUUGUGUUUGUGAUAAAUUAAAUGUGUCAGGUAAACGGUGACAGUGGCUAGUAAACUUUGGAAUCCACCAGACUUUGUGGCUGACUUUACAGAAAGUUAGUUUCCUCCCCUGGUUAACCUGUGGAGGGAAAGUUAGGUAAUGAGUUGAUGCAAAGUUUCUAAGCAACUUCUUAACCCUCUAUAAUAUCACAAUCAGGGUCCACCACAAACAGCCACGGGCCGCUUUCAUAAAACGUUUCAAUUCAGUCAGGACUGAUCACCUUUUUAUGUCGGUUUUUAUAAAUGAUAUCAUGAUUCUUCUUUUCCGGGAGAGGGAUUUCUUUUGCUUUUCCUUUUGUUGGAUGUAUGAGUUCAAUUUAUAUCUUUGAGUUUAAUUUUUUUAACUGUCUUUUUUUUUCUUUUACUUUUUUUGCUGUGCACUACUACCAUUGUAAAUGGAGUAUAAUGUGAUAACAGAAGAAGAGAAGUUCCUCCAUGUUUUUUAUGAAGAAUUGAUGGUGAUUUACAAGGGACGAACACACAAGCAAAGCCCCUGAACUUGACAUCUGUUGUGUGACGGUACAUUGGGGUUCAAGGGUGGUGGCGGGGUCAUUUACAAUUUGUUCCUCAUCAAACAACUUGGCCUCUACCUCCUCUGUGGUCAUAGAUCUUUAGCCGAAUGAAUGGGUGCAAGCAGUUGUAGCAAUAUUAUGGCAAGUUGGGCGAUGCUAUAAUGCCUCACCUAUCAGAUUCCUUCAGAUCUACCAAAGUGCUGAGGGAGUUGGAGCUUUGGGUGAGACUGAUUUGGAACUGGGCGUAGAGUAACACAACAUGGGGAAAUGACGGUAUUUUAUUGAUGUUGAAAUGCUGUGGAGACUAGUAUUUAAGUUCUCUAGUCUUUCACUCCCAACGGUCCACAUAAUGUAUAUUGGAGGCACUUCUAUUUUGAGUAUGACAAAUGUGUAUAUUUUUUUUCUUUUCCAUGAACGUCUAUCCAGUGCCAAGUGCAGUUAAUGUUAACUGGAUCUCUCAUGUUUUUUGUUUUGUUUUGUUUUCACUGUCUUUUUGUUUUUAUUUCCUGUAUUGUUCAUAGCAUAACUGCCUAAUGCUGAUUUAAAUAAAGAAAAGUGAUUUAUAAGGA